GAAAAAACAGAAACCGGAGGAAAAACCGGUACGUAUAAGCCACAAACGCUUUCUACUUAUAACAUUCUAGAGAGAGAAAGCAUUUCCGUCGAUCGUAUAGAGAGAGAGAGAGAAAGGGUUUCUUGGGCUUCGUCAGACACAGAACUCGCCGGCCAUGGCAGAUUCCGGUCGUUUCGUUGCCGCUGAUUUGCCUCCUAUCCAUCUUGGCGGCAAGGAACAUAUCAUUCAGACUGGCUGCGGUUCUGUGUCUGUUACUGUGUAUGGAGAUCAACAAAAGCCACCAUUGAUCACUUAUCCCGAUUUAGGCCUAAACCACACGUCUUGUUUCGAAGGACUCUUCAUCUCUCCCGAAUCAGCUUCCUUGCUACUCAACAACUUCUGCAUUUAUCACAUUACUCCACCCGGUCACGAGUCAGGAGCUGCAACGAUUUCUAAGGAUGAACCUGUGCUUUCUGUUGUUGACCUUUGUGAUCAAAUUCUCGUGAUCCUCAAUCAUUUUAGGCUUGGUUCAGUGAUGUGUAUGGGAGCAAUGGCGGGUGCCUAUAUUCUUACACUAUUUUCGAUAAAAUACAGUGAAAGAGUAAGUGGUUUGAUACUUGUUUCCCCUAUAUGCAGAGCAGCUUCUUGGAAUGAAUGGUUUUACAAUAAGUUCAUGUCGAAAUUGCUUCAAUACUGCGGUAUGUGCGACAUGUUAAAGGAGUUAUUGAUUCACAGAUACUUCAGUAAGGCGGUCUGUGAAGUCCCAGAAUCAGAAAUCGUUCGAGCAUGCAGGAAGUUUUUGAACGAGAGAGACAGCAUUAACGUGCGGCGGUAUCUUCAAGCACUUGAUAGGAGACAUGACAUGAGUAAAGAAUUAGAGACUCUAGAAUGCAAAAGUAUUAUAUUUGUUGGCGACAAGUCUCCGUUUCUUGAUGACGCCCUCCAUAUGAAGACGAUAUUGGGAAAAAGAUGUUCUGCAUUUGUUGAGGUACAUCCAUGUGGAUCAAUGGUGACAGAAGAACAACCUCACGCAAUGUUGAUCCCGCUUGAAUUAUUUCUAAAGGGGUUUGGAUUUUAUAGACCAUGCCAGUUUAAUGAUAGCCCAAGGAGCCCACUUGACUCGUGUUGUGUCGAUCCCAGUCUUCUUUACCCCAAACAAAUGGGCCUGAAGCUUAGACCGAUAAAAACACGGGUAUCUCCUCCCCAACCUCGCGCCAAACACAGCUAACACUUACUUUAUAUGGAAGGGUAGACAUAUAUAUGCAUACAUACAUACAUACAGAGGAAAAGGAAAUAUGUUCUUUGAAUGAUUACCAUUGUAGUCUCUUUUAUGAAUCUUUUUUCUUUGUAUUUUGUAAAAAUGAAAAUAAUAAAUCAUGCCUUCCUGUAUCA